AUGUGGGAAAGCCCAGCACUCCCGACAGAGAUCUUGUAUCAGAUUUUCGAGCAUUUCUGUCUACAUUGUCAGGACAAACAUUCCGUCUCCCACGAGCAUAUCAUAUCCAACAAGAAGGAUGAGGACCGCCCGGCCCUCAUCAACCUUAGCAGGACAUGCAAGAGCUGGGGAUGUGUUGCACAGAACAUUCUUCAUCACUACUUCAAACAUUCAGAUGAUCUGCGGCAGAUUCUUUUCUGCAGGACAAUUUGCGAGAAUCCAGAAUUGAGCAAGCAGUUUCAAGUGGCCAUCCUCGGGCUACACGUAGGCGUCAACCAAGAGUUUUCUAACCAGCGUUGGUUUAAGGAAUCCAUGGCUAGGUAUAUGUGCUUGUUUGGGAUAAAGCCGCUCUACUUGCAGAGCUCUGUUGUCUCUUUGGGAGAAUUCAUCGCACCGAUUAUUCUACUUCGGGCUACCAACCUCAAGCAUCUCGUCGUUCACGGCCUUUAUAAUCCGAUCAUCUUCCAAAGAUUCUGUAUGGAAGCCGUCAUACGGAACAAAGCUUUGUCUCAGAAGCUCGAGUCUCUUUCGGUCGGGCAGCAGGAAAUAUCCUCCAUCUGGGAUCUGUCACCACAGGUUCAAACAUAUCUACAUACUUUAGGGGGACUUCUCAUAAUGCUGGAGAACCUCCAGACGCUUUCCAUAUCGCGACCUAAAUUUGGAAGUCUCCCAGAGAAACUCCCACUUCAGAAGCUGCGCAGGCGCUGGAUUGGUAAUGCGUGCAUGUCGAAGAGCGGGCUGCAGAGCCUCAUCAACAACACAGGAAAACUGGAAGAGUUCGUUUAUAGGGAAGUUGACGACACGGGUUGGUCGCAGACCUCCAGAACCAGAUUUGUUACAUCUCAGGAGAUCUUUGAGAUGCUUUUACCCAUGAAAGAUACACUCAAGAGAGUUGUCCUGAAGAUGUACAGCUCAGAGCGGCCACCUACUGCCAUGGCUCAGCUAGUCAAGCUGCAACAGUUACGAGUCAACGCAGGAGUAUUGUGCGAUAUCUCCACCCUGAGACGCAACACCCAAGAUCUCGCAAAGGAUGCCCUGCUCAAUGUGUUCCCACCGAACCUACAGACGCUAUGCCUCGACCAUAGCCACACGGACGCACCUCGAUAUCGAGAGGCUUUGGGGUCUUACAUAUCGUCUACCUACAGAGAACCUCCGCAGGAGCAAAAGCUAAGAGAGGUGAUUCUACAUUUUAUAGACAAAGCCUAUCCAAAUCCAGCCCCGUGGGUAAUGCCUGUUGUACGGCCAACGACCGCAGAAGAAGAGGAAUCACUCCGCAGAGAGUGUGUUCUUCAGAAACCUGCCUACACAGAAACUGACAGGGAUAGCCAUGUGACCAAGUUCCACAGUAUCAAGAUUCCGGGUUACGGUUAUCUCGAUGAAGAAUGGCUCAAGAAGUCAUUAAACAAGUUCUCAGAAGUUCUCAAGUUCCCAGAAGCAUCCAUAAUGCCAGAUAUCUCAAAAUGGGGAGACUUCAUCGCCCCCCUUAUUCUGCUUCAAGUCCCAAAUCUCGAAGAGCUCUCAGCACAGAACAAACACUUGAACGAGAUUAUGAAAACGUUCCACACAUUCUUUAUCGGAACGCACUGCGUUCUUCCUCAAUAUCUCAAAUAUAUAUGGAUCACGACUUCGCCAAUCGCAAAUGAAACUAGUUCUGCUGUGUUCUUGGAUCUAUCCUAUGCCUCAAUGGGAGGGCUUUUAUCAGUCAAUCCAAAUAUUUGGGCUCUGGGAUUAUUUAAUCCCGAUCCACAGUCAAUCCCAGACCGACUAAAUCUUCUUGGCUUACGAGACUUGUGCUUGUAUGACAGUGCUUUCAGCCGGAGAGAACUUCGACUAUUACUUUCUGCAGCAGGGCCAUUGGAGAAGUUUCAGUAUUAUGGACUAUGUCACUCUGAACGUAUAUGUCUCACCCCUCAAGAUAUAUGCGAGCUUCUGGUAUGCAAAGAACGUAGCUUGAAAACGUUGCGUUUGGAAACUUCACGCAAAGCCCAGCAAUUCACAGCAGGGAAGCACCUGGUCAAUGUUGGCUAUAUGAGAUUCCACUUCCAAGGUUUCUGGUAUCCAACUGCAGCUGAACCAAUCUUGGAGGAACACGCCCUACUGGGCAUAUUUCCACCCCGACUCUCUUACCUAUGGCUCGACAUCCCGGAUGAUAUGGUUCUAGGAAUCGUGGAUGCUCUUGUUAACUAUAUAGUAUCGGCUUGUCGAGAUCAAACAGAUGACCAAGUGCUGCGGCAUGUCAAUGUACGGGUUCUGACGACCAUCGACAGAGAGUCUCCAGAGUUCCCUAUAGCUGUGGCCAGAUCAUUUUGGGAAGACCUCAAGAAGAGAUGCCAGAAUUUCCGCAGACACGGAAAGAUAACUGUGUAUCUCAAGUGUGCGACCGGGCUUGGAAUGUUUGUCUCUGAUUAG